AUGUCCCGUAAUGAAGAAAACGUUUGGUCUGGCAAUUCGUCUCCAAUUGAUAUUCUGUGUUGUACGCACGUGCCGAUCCAAACGAGGUAUUUCUUCCCAGAUGAUAAGAGCUGGGGAAAGCAGGAACUAGCUAGCAGUAGUGACUGUCAUUUGUACCUUUUGUCAGGAACUUCAGUUUCGCCGGAACAUAAAGACUUCAGCACAGACUGGUAUCGCGAUGAUGCAGUGACUGUCCACUCUGUAUCCCUCAAUUGA